AUGAAGAAGGCUUUUGGAUUGGGAAAAGUCCAUGGCGAUCAUAAGGUGUUGGAUGCUGCAAUUGUUAAGGCAACAAACUAUGACCAUGCAUUGCCAAAGGAAAAGCACAUUCGAACCAUAUUUCAGUCACUUUCUCCAUCAAAACCUCGCAGUGAGGUUGUUUAUUGUAUACAUGGUCUUGCUAGACGUCUGAGCCAAACUAACAAUUGGGCUGUUGCUUUGAAAACUCUUAUUGUUAUACACCGUGCCAUGAGGGAACUUGACUAUACAGUUUGGGAAGAGCUUGUCAAUUAUAGCAAGGGAAGAGGCUAUAUGAUUGCUCUAUCAAACUUUCAUGAUGGCUCAAUCCCAAAUGCAUCGGAUUAUUCUGUUUGGAUUCGUAAUUAUGCCCUUUACCUUGAAGAGCGCCUACAAUGUUUUGCUAUAGUGAACUACGAUGUGGGAACAUAUAGCUCGAAAUAUACCAAAAAGCUUAGCACCCAGGAAUUGCUGGAGCAAUUGCCAGCCCUACAAAAUCUUCUCUUUCGGCUUCUUGAUUGCAAGCCAGGGGGUUCAGCUGCAUACAAUCGCUUAAUUCAAUAUGCCCUUUCAGUCGUUGCUGGUGAAAGUGUUAAAAUAUAUGUUGCAAUAACUGUUACAGUAGUCGAAUUACUUGACAAGUUUUUUGAGAUGAAUCGUGAUGAUGCUAUUAGUGCACUUCAGAUUUAUCAAAAAUCAGGAAGCCAGGCAGAGAGGUUGUCUGCGUUCUUUGAGACCUGCAGGGGCCUAGACUUUGGAAGGGGUCAGAAAUUCAUCAAUAUUAAAAAGCCUCCUGCUUCUUUUAUAACUACAAUGGAAGAAUAUAUUAAGGAGGCUCCGUGCACCUUAAUGAUUGAAUACAACGUGGAUGCCAUUGACAAAGGAGCUACUGCUAAUGAAAAUGCAGCUUCUGAAGGUGAUUUGCUAAAUGUAGUUAACCAAGACGCAGAUAAUGAAGACAAGUCAGAUCCUUCUCAAGAAAAGAAUGAGGCUACAGCACCACCACAAGCAGCUGAUCUUAUGGGUUUGUAUGACUUAUUAACAGGAGCAUCUGAAUUUGAUGAGAAUUCCCUAGCACUGGCAGUUGUCCCAACUGCAGAAAAUUCUUCAAAUUCCGGCAAUGAUGAGAACGAGGCAAGUCCAGUAACAGGUUGGGAGGUUGCACUUUUUGCAGAGCCAGAAAGGUCGAACGAGAAUGUACUUGCAGAGAGUAAAGAAGCUGGUGGAUUGGACGCAUUAAAACUUGAGAGUCUAUAUGAUGAAGCGAAUGGUGGAACACAGCAGAAUGGUGCUUACCACAUAGGCCAAGUGGCUUCCAAUCCUUUUGAUUUUGAGGCUAGGCAUGAUAGCCAGUAUAACACGGCAACGACACCACCAACUAUCCAAAACGCAUACUUUGCUUCUCCUAACAUGGCAUCCCCAAUUCCAGCCCAAAUGGUAGGCGUGCCCUACCAAGAAUAUUACAUGAUGCAGCAACAACAGCAUCAGGAACCAUUUACAAUGAACAAAAAGUCGACCAAUCCCUUUGAUGAACCGAAUAUGUUGCCCCCAAGUAUGCCAUCACAUUCAACUCAGAGUACUUAACCCCUGAUUUAAUGUAGGAGACUCAUUGGA